AUGGGGCACCAGGCCGUCGCGGGCCAUCCCAUGGGUCCCGGUAUGCCUCCCAAUGCUGGACAGCAAGGCGCACCCGGCGGCGGAAUGCCCCAGCAAUUCGGCGGACACAUGGCCGUGUCAGGCCCGGGCGGUCAGGUCAAUCCUGCCAUGAUGGGCGCGAUGCCGCCCGGCGCCAACCCGCACCUGCAGCAUCUGAGCCCUGCCCAGCAACAACUAUUCCAGCAGCAGCAGCAUCAGCAGCAGCUGCAAAACCAAUUCCAGAACCCCAGUGCCAUGGCCGCGAUGCGGCAACAUCAACUGCUACAACAUCAACAGCAGCAGGCGAGGCAGGCUUUGAUGGCGCAACAGGUGCAGGUCAACAUGGGCGUCGGUGGUGGCAUCCCCAUGGGCAUGCAACUACAGCAGCUUAACCCGCAGCAGAUUCAGGCGCUCCGGGGCAGAAUGGGACCGUUUUCGUUGGAGGGUGCAAAUCCCCAGGCCCAAGCCAUCAUGGCUCAGCAGCUUGCGCUCCAACAACAACAGGCCGCCCAGCAGCAGGCCGCCCAGCAGGCCGCACAUAAUCAGCAGAUGGGCGGCGGACCUAAUCAUGGCCAACCCAUGCCCAUGAAUGCCCAGAACAUGGCCGCGCUGCAGCAGCAACAACAGCAGCAGCAGCAACAGCAGCAGGCGCAGCAGGCUCAGCAACAGCAGCAACAGCAGGCGCAGCAGCAGCAGCAGCAGCAGCAGCAGCAGAGCCAGAUGGGCGGCGCUGCCGCGCAGAAUCAGGCGGGUGCGCAGCAGCAAGUUGCUCAGCAGGGACAGGGUCAGCCGCAGUCGCAACCACAGGCACAGCCGCAGCAGCCUGGGCAGCAGCAGCAGCCGACUCCGCAGCAGACGUCGCAAGCCGGCACCCCGGCACCGAGCGGACAGCAAACCCCAGCGCCGACACCAGGCUCAGGCCCCGCGCAAGGCCCCCAGGCUCAGCAACAAGCUCAGGGCCCGAUGCAAGCUCAGCAGAUGCAUCCGCAGGGCCAGCAGCAGAUGAACCAGGCGCAGCAGUUCGCGAUGCAAACGUCAAUCUUUCAGCAGCAGCAGCAGCGCAGAGAAAGCAUCAAGGCGCAGUGCUUGAUGAGGCUGAUGCAGCUGAGCGAGCACCUGAGCUCAUUCCCAGGCACAAAGGGCAAAGACGAUAUGCUUUACUGGAACACGUUUGCGAACCGCUUCUUCUCCCACAGCGGUAUUUUCCGACAUGCCCUACACAUAAGCGACGGCGAGGACAUCACGGACAAGUCAUACGAGAUUUUGUAUCCCGCGAUCGCUCGAUACUUCCACACGCACUUCAGCAGCGGUGUCAAGAGCAUGCAGUUGACGUUGGACAAGAGCGGGAACGAGCGCCUCUUGUCUGGAGACUUUUAUUGCUUCGACAACGCCAAGGCCAGCUUGACGUACUGGUACGAGUCUGGAUCGCAUGUCGUUGCCACGGGCACGCUCCGCGCGACUUUCGAUGGAGAGUUCAAGCUGGAGCUGCUCGAGUUCCUGACGACAAGCCACGAAGAGUACAUCCCGCGGAAGCAGGUCAUCGAGGCGGCCAAGCCAGCGCACAUUUGGUUCAAGGAGUGGCACCAGGUCAACACGCCGGACGCGAAGCAGUCGCCUGAGAUGUCCAAGAAGAGCAAGGCCAAGCAGCUCAAGUCCCCGCAACGACAGCCCCCCGACGUGCUGGAGGGUUUGCCCGACUCGGCCGUCAACAGCAAGGGCGUCACAGAGGCUGUGCACCAGUUUCAUGAGAUGGUCGAGGUCGUGUGCCAGAUGAACCCCCUGUUCUCCUUCUGCCAUGGGAACCCCGGCAUCAGCCCCUACAUGGCGCUGGACCAGUAUGUCGCGACGUGCAUCAACGGGGCGCCGGCGGGCAUGAACGGACAGCCGAUGCAGCAGGGGCCGAGAACGCCGAGCUUCGGGCAGUUCCCCAUGGGCGCCAGCCCGGCCGCGGCGCACAUGAACCUGCCGGGAUCCCCACACAUCGGCAGCCCGGCUCCGGGUCAGAUGCAGGCUCCCGGCAUGCAGCUGCAGCCAAGCCAGCAGGGAACCAGCUCGAGCGGGCCGAGCGCCAACACGUCCCCGGCGUCGAACAAGCGCCGGCGGCCGUCGGGCGUCAAGGUGGAGGAGGACGGAUCAGGGGCGCCCACGCCCGCGGGCUCCGGGCCGCAGGUCAACGGCAUCCAGAAUCGGCCCACGAAACCGCCGACGCCCCGGAUGCCCAAGAGGGUCAAGGGGAACCCGUCAUGA